UCCCCAAAGCUUUGAACGGAGCUGCAGCCUCUCAGUGCUGGACGGCAUCUGGGAGAGAUGGAGGCAGCUCCGAGCCCAGAGAGCGCACAGCCCCGCAGCAUCUCACCCCACGCUUAGCGAGGACUUACCUGCCGGUACAGCUUCCCCUCCGCACGAUUACAAGAAUGACUGUGUCGAUUUUUGUCUAGUUUGAUGUCACUGUUUGGGUAUUGGGUAUGUGCUUCAAGGGGUCUAUAGAUUCUAAUGAAGAAGACUAACAAUGAGGAGGCCCAGUUGUACUCUAGAGUCUGGAAGCUUGAACAGCUUGAAGUGCAUGUUGGCUGAUUUGUUUCACAAGACAAAAUAAUAAGUCAAGGAAAUAGGUGACCCAUAGUUCCGGUUGGUGACAUAGGCACACAACUUUUUGGUGGGAGUUCACUAAAGUGUUGGGAAAAUUAUGACAUCAGCAUCUAAAGGAAUUUUACGGCCAUUUUUAGCUGUCAGCGGAGUGUUGAUCUGCUUCAUGAUAUGUUUACUGAUAUAUGUCAAACCAACAAACAACUGGAUCUCCAGUCCAAUCGAAUCAGCACAUUCAGUCCUUAAAAUGAAGAACUUUUUCUCCUCUAAACAGAAUUAUUACAAUGAAACAGUCGUUUUAAUUUGGGUGUGGCCUUUUGGACAGACGUUUGAACUGAAAUCCUGCCAGACGCUGUUUAAUAUUCAUGGGUGCCAUCUUACUACUGACCGCACACUGUACAACAAAUCUCAUGCUGUCCUUAUUCACCAUAGGGACAUUAGCUGGGAUCUCACUAACCUGCCCCUACAGUUAAGGCCCCCUUUUCAGAAAUGGAUUUGGAUGAAUCUGGAAUCGCCAACACACACACCACAAAAAAGUGGCAUUGAGCACCUAUUUAACCUGACUCUAACUUACAGGCGUGACUCGGACAUUCAGGUGCCAUAUGGCUUCAUGGUUGUGAGCACAAAACCAUUUGAGUUCGAGGUGCCAAGCAAAGACAAGUUUGUCUGCUGGGUUGUUAGCAACUGGAACCCAGAACAUGCUAGAGUCAAAUAUUACAAUGAACUUAACAAAUACAUUGAAAUCAUAACUUACGGGCAAGCUUUUGGAGAAUACUUGAGUGAUAAAAGCCUGCUUCCAACUAUUUCAUCUUGCAAAUUUUACCUGUCAUUUGAAAAUUCCAUUCACAAAGAUUAUAUAACAGAGAAACUUUAUAAUGCAUUAUUGGCUGGAUCUGUGCCCAUUGUGUUGGGUCCACCUAGAGAAAACUAUGAGAACUACAUUCCAGCAGAUUCCUUCAUCCACGUGGAAGAUUUUCUCUCUCCAAGAGAAUUAUCCGAUCACCUUUUAAUGCUGAACAAAGAUACAGAACAGUACCUGAGCUAUUUCAAUUGGAGGAAACAUUUUACAGUCAGUAUGCCACACUUCUGGGAAUCCCAUGCAUGCCUAGCCUGUGACCAUGUUAAAAGACAUCAAGAAUACAAAUCAGUUGGGAAUCUAGAGAAGUGGUUCUGGAACUAAACCACAAGAUUUUACUAAGGCAAAUUGAAGGGAGGAAAAAUAAAAUCUACCACCGUUUCAGUG